ACUGAAAAUACAAAGAAAGCAGAUGAGGGGGAGGAGCUCACUGUAAAUCAUCUUUCCUUCUCUCUCUCUCUCUCUCUCUCUCUCUCUCUGCGCUUCUCUUUCUUCUGUCUUACUCAUUAACCCCACACUCUCCGGCACCAUUUAGCGCCUCACCAUUCCAUUCCCCGUGAUCUGUUCAAGAUAUUCCCCUUCACUCUCACUCUCCCGAGGUGAUCUUGCUUUCUCUCUCUCUAUUUUCUACUAUUUUCUCCAUCAUUUCCUUGAUUUGCCACUGCCUUGUAACCUCUAGAUCUCAUUAUUUUUCAUCAGGGAUUUUUCAAUACUAUAUUGACAUUGUCUUGAAGUGGGACUGUAAAAAGAGGGGUUACAUCUAGAAUAGUUCAAUUCUGGAGCAGCAUGGCUGAAAGGAAAUUGAACCUUCAUGCUCCUCUUAUGUCUGUGAGACGUUCUUCUGCUACCUCCCCUUCCUUGACUGAAGCAAAGAAGAAGAUAUUAGAGAAGCGGCACACUCUUCCAAACUACAAAUCAGACUCGAGUUUGGAUCUGGUGACUGAGCCCGUUGCUGUUCCUUUCAAUUGGGAGCAUAUUCCGGGAAGGCGAAAGGGAAACGGUGGAUCUCAACCUGCUCAGCCUCCUAAGGAGGCCACAAUUGCUCCAAGCCCAAGGCUUCCCCCAGGCAAGUCCACAAAUGCUACUAAAAAGCCAGUGGAAAAGGAGAGUAAAGUUACAAACAAAUUCAAGUCAACAAGCAAAUCAAGUUCAUUCAAUGUUAAUGCUGUUAGAUUAGAUUGUGACAGAGAAAGAAAAGAGGAGAAAAGAGUAUCAAAUUUGCAGGCGGAUGAAGAUGAUAAUGACGACAACGACGUUUUCUCUGAUGCCCUUGACAAACUGUCUUUCACAGGAUCAUUCUCCAUGAAUUGUAGUGCUAGUGGUGUGAGUGGAUUAGAUAAUUUUGACGCAAAGAAGUCUGGAACCUUCUCUACAGACCCGCAAACUCGAGACUUCAUGAUGAGCCGCUUCUUACCUGCAGCAAAAGCAAUGACUUUGCAGCCUCCUCAGUAUGCUACAAGAAAGCAUUCUGGACCAUUAGAGCAGCCUCGAGAAAUUAAGAAAUUGGUUCCUGAGGAGAAGAAGCCUUUGCUUAAUAAACAUAUUUCUGCCAUCAUACCGUAUAAUGGUCCGAGUCAAGAGGAAGAAAGUGAAGAUGAAGAUAAAGGUGAUCAUUAUGAAGAAUCAACAGAUAUUUCAGCUAAGGGUUGUGGGUUGAUUCCCCAAUUACGGAUUGGGAAUUCAUUGUGCUCAUCAAAUUCUGUUCCUGGGGUGAAAAUGAGCAACCAGGCUCCAUUGUCUAUCACCUAUGAGGUUGAGAAACCAACCAAAAGCUCUCAGAGACGAUCUUUUAGCCCAGUUCCUGCUGUAAAGAAGGCUUGGGAUGCUAUUUCUAAGAAAAAAUCCAGCUCUAGAGCUGCAUCACCUGAGAAGCAAGAGGUUAGGAAAAAGUGGACUAGUGAGUCGAACAGGUUUAACUACUCGGGUGAAUUGCAGCAGCCAGGUAGGUUAUCUCCCUUCCGACGAUCACGAGCUGCUGCAGCUGGUGUUUCUCCAUGUCGAAGUAAACCUCAGUCACCAUUUCGUGGAGCGACACUGGACCCUAAAGAAGCUGUGAAUAAUCUAUCUGGUCAACUGAGAUUCCUGCAAAAAGGCCAUGUAAACAUUCAGAAGAUGGCAUCUCAAGAAGGCAAGAAGAGCCCCACUGUUGAAAAGACAUUGUACAUAGAUACUGCAAGUACAGUAAAAUUGUCACGUGCAAAUUCAAGUUCUGUAGAUAACACGGGGAAAAUAAACACUGAAAAUUGUUCCAGUACAAAAUCUUCUCAAGAUAUGAAGAAAAUAGAAGCUUUGGAAGGUAAAGGUAUGUCGGAUUCUACAGAUGCCAAAUCUUUGAUUCUUUCAAAUAAGUUAAUUACCAGGCCCCUGUUGGAAUCGCAACAAAAUAGAGCGGAACAACUGGUAAUAAAUAAAAAAUUCCACCGAGAAUAUGCAUCUUCACAAGUUGUACAAGGGAAAACUAGUGAAGAUUCAAAUAUCAACAACCAGCAAAUUGUUGUAGCUGAAAAUUUAGGAAAUGGUAAAGUUGAUUCUGGUCUGUCUCCUCUCCCCCCACCAUUGCCAAAAUCACCUUCCGAGUCCUGGCUUUGGCGUGCUCUGCCUUUAGUUUCUAUAAAGAAUUCAUUCCUGCAUUCAAAUCAGGGUGCUCAGCCGCAUUCUAAAAGGCCGGAUUCUAAUACAGCAUCCAGCAAUUCCAAGUGGGAAACAAUAGUGAAAACUUCGAAUCUGCAUCAUGAUCAUGUGCGAUAUUCUCAGGAACUAACCACAAGAAAAUCUCAGCAUUCGAAGUCAUAAACACGGAACUUGGUGGCCUAUCUUUCACACUAUGGUCCUAGAUUUUUGCGCCCUUUUGUUGGAUCUACUCCUACUACUGCUUUUCCUCAUGAUAUCAUAGGUACUAGGCCACAUUUGGCAUGGCUGAUUAGGUUCUCAUUUUUAUAAGAAAUGUGAGUGCUGGUUUUUCUUUCACUCCGUGCGGGGCUGAGGACUCGGUGUUUUAUUUUCAUCUGUUGACGUAUUACACUCAAGCCCUAGUGACUUUUGUUUUUAUUAUGUUUGUAUAGAGAGAUAUCGAGAUCCUUUUGCUGAUGCAUAGGAAACAAAGCAUUUGGAUUCGUUGCAAGUCUUGGUGGAUCAUAGUUUCUUAACUUGAGAAGAUUGAAACCACCAUUUUUGCUGUGUGUACUAUCACUUUGUUAUCUAGUAUUUUCAUUUCACACUGCUUGCUUAGGUUUAGGUUCCCUCUUUUGGUCCUGAAUCUUCUUGUAUCUGCAAUUUUCAUGUCAACUACACGAAUGAUUGAUGCUACUCAUGCUCAAUUGUUUAUUUAUAUCGGUGUACUUAUCAAAUUGAUUCUGAACUGAGAUGAAUCUAAAGAUAUACUGUCUUGCA